UUUCCGCUUGAUUGAUUGAGUAAAUUUUGCGUCUGAAGAAAAACAUAUUAGUGAGGGUAAGAGGUUAGUGACUGGAGAUUGCAUUGGAAGCAAAGAAGAGAAAUACGGUUGUUUUGCAAACAAACGAUAAGGUUUUGUGCGGUUGAAGGACGCUCAGUUCUCAGAAAUGGUGCGGUCCAACUCCAGAUCACACACUUCCAGGUCAAGGUCUGGGUCCCAUUCAAGCUCAAGAUCAAGGUCCAGAUCACGGUCAAGGAAAAAGAGAUACAGUUCUAGAUCCCGCACCAGGUCGUAUUCUCGUUCCCGAAGUCGAGAACGUGAGCGAAUCUACCCCAGGGAUUACCGACGGGAUUACCGCAUGAACAGGGGGAUGAGGCGCCCUUACGGAUUCCGCGGCCGGGGCAGAGGCUUCUAUCAGGGUGGCGGCCGCUUCCACCACAGGGGGGGGUUCCGGCCUAACUGGCAGAACCGGCGGUACUCCCGCAGCCCCCGGAGGGUGCGAUCUCGUUCCCGCUCCCCGAAGCGCAGGUCAACAUCGCAGAGGUCCCGCAGCAAAUCCCACCACUCGGCACGCUCCUCCGCCUCCCGUCGCUCCUCUAGCUCCCGCUCGUCUUCUCUCUACAGCCGCUCGCCCGCCCCCGCUAAGAGCCGUGGGUCCCAGGACAAAGCCUCCAAGAAGUCGGAAGGGGGCAAAGAGGAGGGCUCGGGCAGGCAGUUGGAGGAGGAGAAGGGGGACGGCAAAGCUGAACAGCCGGCUAUCGCCACCUCCGCUAAAUCGGAUCUCAAGAGGACACCAGCUGUAAUCACUGAAAGCUGGAUUGGCAUUUCGGCUUAUAAUGACACUAGCCCCCAUCGCAGCCCUUCUCCCAUCCCCACUCCGCCGAGUCAGAGCUCUUCCCGCUCUGAUACGGCGGCGCACCAGGUGGCCUCCAAGAUCAGUCCCCCCUCCCUCCCUGCAUUGCGCUUACAUUCUCUGCAGCACAGUCCUGAUGACCCCCUCGGUCACUACAGUCCCUCUCAUGACAGUCCUCCAUAUCAAACGUCCCCCAGGAGGAGCCCUGCUAAAGCGUUCUCUACUGUUCAGAGCAGCAGAGGGUUUUUCCCCAACAGCGAUGAGCAGGACCUCCCAAAAGUUGGGAAAUACCUCAAAAGGUAUACUGAAGAAGAUGGAGGAAGAGCAUACCUUCAUGAGAGGGGAAAUGGGCGUGACAAAGAGCAUCAGAAAGACAGGCUGCAGGAGAAAGGCAGGGGAGAGGGAGACUGGGGUGAUCAGGGUGGCAUAGAUCCGGGAGUUAAAAAGGAAAGUGAAAAAGUUCCCUUCCUUGGGGACUCUCCUGAUCCUGAGGAGGAUGAAUCCCAAGCUUAUAGACAGCCAUAUCAAUUCAAAGUGACCACUCAGGCAGAGCAGGUUAAAAACUACCCAGUGGAGUCCCGCUGGAAUGUGGAGAGCCAGGAAGAAGGCAGUAAAUACAAAAUUAAAACAUCUAAGGGUGAAAGGGAUUAUGAAAGGUUUGGGGAGGACAGGAUGUUCAAAUUUAAGAAUCCAGGCUAUAUGUUAGACAGGCUAAACAAAGACAAGUAUGGUGAGGAAGGAAAGGGCACUGACAAGUAUGAUGAAAGGAUCACCAUCAAGAGGGAGACUGUGUCACCACAGCAGGCCAAAGCUGAGAGGUUCAGAGAGCUCUUUGACCAGAGUCCUCUGCUUCAAAAGACGUUGGACAUGAGGGAGAAGGCGGCCCUCAGGGAUGAGAGCCCACCUAGAGUGAAAAUAGUGCCCGGUGAGGCUUCUCGGCCUGAGGUGAAAGUGAAAAUCGCAUCUUUGGCGUAUGAUGACCCAAGUCCAGGCACUUCUUUAACAAGUGACAGGUCGCUUGCAAGUGCCCUCGUCCAUUCCACCAAGAGGGAGCAAGGGUUCCGCUCCAUCUUUGACCACAUUAAGAGACCUCAGGCGUACAAAAAUUCAGCAGAGUCCUUUAUUCAGCACAUUGUUUCCUUGGUUCACCAUGUCAAAGAGCAUUACUUCAAGUCAACAGGAAUGAGCCUCCAUGAGCGGUUCACUGCUUAUCAGAAAGCUGCUGAAGGGCAUGAAGUCAGACAAAAGAGUCCUGAGAUCCACAGGAGGAUUGACAUCUCCCCCAGUGCAUUUAGGAAGGAUAGAAUCUUAAAAGAAGAUAGCCACAAGGGGGAAAAAAAAUCAAGGUGCGACGCAGCAGAUUUGAGGCAUGAUAUUGAUCGCCGCCGGAAGGAGAGGAGCAGAGAUCGAGACGACUCCAGGGGUUCCCGUGAGCCCAGCCCAUCGAGAAAACUGGACAAGCUGGGCAAAGAAUUCAAGGACUACAAAGAUUACAAGUCCUACAAGGAUGAUAGCAAACACAAAAGCAAGGAAAGAGAGCGUUCAAGAUCUUCCUCCUCGUCAUCGCUGUCUCGAGAGGACAACAAGGAUAGCCGGAAAGAACGGGAUGAAGAGUACAAGUCCCAUCACGAGCAGAAGGACUAUGUGGGCUACCAAGGAGGAAACCGGGCACGGGGGACUUUUCAAUUUCGCAUCAGAGGCUCAAGAGGUCGGGGCCGUGGGGUCUUUUCAGGACCCAAUCCUGGACCCAGUGUUCCCAACAUCCCUUUCCAGAAAAGGCCCAAGGAGGAGGAAUGGGAUCCAGAAUACACCCCAAAAAGCAAAAAAUAUUUUCUGCAUGAUGACAGGGAUGAUGGUGUCGAUUACUGGGCCAAAAGAGGAAGGGGACGUGGCAUCUUUCAGCGAGGCAGAGGGCGAUUCAGUUUCAAAAAGUCCAGCAGCAGUCCCAAGUGGACACAUGAUAAGUAUCAGUGUGAGGGAAAUGUGGAAGACGAUGAUGAUGAUGUAGAGAACGACGAAGAGAGAAAAGAUAAACGAAAAGAUGAGAAGGUAGAGUCAGAGGGAAUUUAAAAAUUUCUUACUGCCAGCUUCAGGUGACUAAAUCUAUUUUCUUUGAAUAAUUGUGCAGUGCUUUUGUUAAAUCUAAGUACAAUGAAAGUGUACCUUCAUUAAUCUCCAAAUAAUGGAUAAAAAAACGGGGUUUUGGAUGGCAACCCGUUGCCUUCAUCUUGCAUGAGGAUUAUGGGUCAUACAAUUUCUGUAAUGUUAUGAAGGAGAUUUACAGGUGAAAAUAAUUUAAUGUGUUUUAGUUUCUAGGAGUCCAGUUUCAGAAUAAUUAGUUGACAAGUUUAUGCUUCACUUUUGUAUAACUGAAACGCAAGCAACAGCUGCAACCUCAUUUUGCUAUCACUUGACCACUAAGCGGAUGAAGUGCUGUGGAGUCCACACCCCUUUUUGGACAACAUUCAAUGGAAAGUGUAUUCAAGUUGGAAACAAAACUUAUGUAUUUCUUUUCUUCCCAGGAGUGACAAGUUGAACAGAGAAAAUGAAACAUGAAGUCUUCUAUGCCACUCAAUCACGUUCAACAUCUUAUUGCGAUUUCUGUUCUCUAUCAGUAUUGAACUUUUUUUGUGUUAAUGUUAGUUCACCAUUUAAAAUAUACUUUUUCCUGUAUCUGGCAUAUUAGACUGAAUGUUAACUGUAACCAAAAAAAACAAAUUAGAUACCAUAUUUGUUAAAUAUGUGAAUUCACUUUUAGAAUUUAAGUAGUUGAAUUCAAUGUGGUUUAGUGACUGUUAAUAAAAUCUUAUAACAGUU